AUGUAGCAUAUCAAUAAGAUUAAUUAGAAAUUCAAAUUCCUUAUUUCUUUAUUCUUGGAAUCAUUAAUUUAAAUUUUAUAUAUCAGAUUAUAUCUGAGAUUGUACUUUAAUUAAUAAAAGAGAAAGCUGAUUUAUAUUCAGAAAAAUUAGAUAUUAUCAGAGGAAAGAUUUUAAAAUAUUUACCAAUUCUCAAUAGAAUACCUUUUUUUAAUAAAAUAUUAAAAAAUAGAGAGGAAUAAAAAAAACGUACAACCUAGCGUUUUCUUAAGAUUAAAAAAUUCUUGUUACCCCAAGCAAAAAUAAUUAUUAAUUAUAAACAGUAUGAGUUGUAGCUGGCAUAUGAAAACUCAAAUUAGAAUUUUGAGAUCAUUCCAUUAAGCUCAAGAAUAUCUGGAUCAAUAGUUGAAAACUAAUGUUUUUUACAUAGUUAAGAAGCAGAAAUCCCCUCAAAUUAGGCAAAAAAUAUUUUUGCAUCUUAAAUAUUAGAAAAAUAGUAAGCUAUUAUAUUGAAUAUUAUUUAGACCUAAGUAACAAGAUAGACAAGAGGAAGAAUCAUAGAAAAAAAUGUUUUAAGGCGCAAAAAGUUAAAAUCUAUUGCACAGGUUUUACCAAAUGA